GUUGACCGAUUCUCCUUGCGUUCAUACUACCAGACCACAGUCGACAAGAUCAAAGAGGAUGAUAUCGUGCCCAAUGUUCACGAAGAAUGGGAAGACGCUAUCUUAAGGUUGAUAAAAGAGAAGGUCCAAUAUGCCAUCCUGUCUCAUCGAUGGGUUGACGGAGACUCAGAGACAUCGUUCCAAUACAUGCGGUCAAAGGUCAAAGUCGGGUCUUUUGAUUCCCCAGGCCACGUGAGUGGACUUGGGAAGUUAUACGCGUUCUGCCAAAAGGCACGCAACGACUUCAAUUGCUCGUUCGCAUGGUGCGAUAUGUGCUGCAUAGACAAGACAAGCAGUUCAGAGCUCGACGAGGCCAUCCGUUCCAUGUUCCGAUGGUAUCGCAAUUCACACAUAUGCAUCACCUACUUCCCAGAGACAGAGGGCAUGGACGAUCUCGCGAAGGAGGAGUGGUUCAAAAGAGGUUGGACGCUCUUGGAGCUCCUUGCACCACUCCAGAUGAAGUUUUAUGGAAAGUGGUGGGCGCCACUCAGGCCCCUUCAUGAGUCGGAGAACGACAAAUGCAACUGGAUCUUACUACAAGAAAUUUCGCGCAUUACACGUAUACCUGAGAUGGAUCUCAGGGUAUUCACACCUGGGACGAACCGGGUGCAAGAAAAGAUGGUAUGGGCAUCCAACAGACGAACGACGAAGGUAGAAGACAUCGCUUAUUCCUUGAUCGGGAUAUUUGAUGUUAGCCUGAUGGUGGCAUAUGGCGAGGGAAAACGAGCCUUCUAUCGUCUAAUGGAGGCCAUCUUGCAGAGAUGUGACAACUGGGAGAUCUUCUCUUGGAAA